CGCGCACGCACGCGCGGCGAGCGUCACGUGACACGUUUAGCGCGCGCGUAUUGGCUGCGAGCCGCGCGGCCCUGGAGACGGAGGCGGCAGCUAUGGCGGACGAACAGGCGGUGGUGUCGGCUGAGCAAGCGACCGAGUCGCAGCCCCAGGGACCUGAAAAUCCACAUGCAGAGUUCGGACUUGCAGACAGUAUCCAGAAAAUCAUGGAGAGCGAGAGGGUUGGCGGGGACCGUUCCAAGCAGAAGGUGGACCUGCAGGCGCUGCCUACGCGUGCAUAUCUUGACCAAACAGUGGUGCCUAUCCUCCUCCAGGGGCUGUCUGUACUUGCCAAGGACAGACCACCAAAUCCUAUUGAGUACCUGGCAGCAUAUUUAAUGAAAAACAAGGCUCAGUAUGAAGACAAGAACUAAACCUCGGAAGAAUGUGCUUGAGAGAUAGAAAUGUGCAUUUGCAAAUGCGUGCUCUGGAUAAGGUUAUAUAAACUUGUUUGUUUUUUGGAGAACCAUGGUUUUUCUAUUUUGAUUUUUUACCAUCAGUUGUAUUGAAUUAUGACCAUUAGCUGUUAAGAUGCAGUUGACUUGAAUUUUGAAAAAGUGAAUCACAAUGAUUUGACAUUGUAUUGUUUAAGUUGUCAAUAAAAAUUAACACGCUUAUUAUUCAGAGUUACAGGCUUACAAUUUUACUGUCUCAUGAUAAUUUCUUGGCAAGUUAUGAAAAACAAAUCGAAGUGGUUUCCUACUUAGGCAUGUGUGUCCUCUCUUGCUGUCAGCCCUGACCCAGUGUUGGAAAUGUCACAUUCCUCUUAACCAGUUUGUUUCAGGAGUUAAACAGAACAUACAUUGCACGACUUGGUAUGAACAGUUAUUCACGGUAACUACCCCCAUUAUAUAUUUUUUAUUUCGCAGAGCCUUGCUCAUAGUGUUCCACUCAAUAUGUACAGGUUAAUGUUGUUUAACAUUGUAAAGUAUGAAAAUUUUAAGUGAUAAAAUAAUUCCAAGCAUCGUACUUAAUAUUAAAAUAUCUUAAAGUUUAUAUGGGUGAAGGUUGCCUGCAUACCAGGAACCGUCCAGCAUUACCAUAUCCAUAGUUUAUCCUUUUGUCCAAGGUUUUACUACUAUAGACCUAGACCAUAUGCAAUGUUGCAGUUCUAUAGGCCAAUUGGAAUGCUCAUUUAAACAUGGAGGAGAGUAAAUAAUGCAUUCACAAAUGUGUUUUGGGUUAAAUUUCACACUGGAAUAUGGUAAAAACGAAUAAAGCUACACGCCUGAAAUGUUUUGCAGUUA